GCUAAAGCUGGCUUUACGACACCAUCCUUGCUUUGCGGCUCCUUCUGAUGAUUGCAGGGACAUAAGUAAACAAUCCCAGCGUGUCUUACUGAUCUGACAAAAAAAGGGAACUUUGUCUUUCGAGUUCAGUUCCAUAAGACUUCACGUUGACGAUGCUUCUCAAAACCCGAGCCGUCCUUCCACUUUGUCUUCGCAUGUGCUCUACACAUGUGACAACAGGACCGCUGAUUGAUUCAGGAAGACUCAGUUCAGACAUGUCUGAAUUCCGAAAGGCCUUUGCCAAAGCUAAGAAUAUAGCGAUCAUUACCGGUGCGGGUGUGAGCGCAGAGAGUGGAGUACCGACUUUCAGGGGAAAACAUGAGAAGUGGAGAAAGUGGCAUUCUCAGGACCUUGCUUCUCCGGAGGCUUUUUCUCGUAACCCGUCUCGGGUUUGGGAGUUUUACCAUUACAGACGGGAGCUUGUUUUGGACAAGAAACCCAGCGCCGUCCAUUUGGCCAUAGCGGAGUGCGAAGCUCGUCUGAAGAAGCAGGGACGCUCUGUGGUAGUUAUUACCCAGUGCCAAGACGAUUUGCACCGACAGGCAGGGUCAAAACAUGUGCUCAAGAUACACGGCAGUCUGCUGGAGACUCGCUGUAUGAGUUGUGGACAAGUGACUGUGAACAAGCAAAGCCCCAUAUGUGCCGCCCUAAAGGGGAAAGGAGCACCUGGCGCAGAUGUUCCUGAAACACAAAUUCCUGUAGAUAAACUGCCAAGAUGCGAGGAGAGAGACUGCCAUGGUCUUCUUAGGCCCAACGUCGUCUUCUUUGGAGAAACUCUGGACUCGCAUAUUCUGACCAAGGUAGAAAAGGAAAUGGAAAUCUGUGAUCUCUGCCUGGUGGUGGGGACAUCAUCCAUUGUUUACCCUGCAGCCAUGUUUGGUCCCCGGGUUGCUUCCAGGGGUGUUCCUGUGGCAGAAUUUAACAUGAAUACAACACCAAAAACUGAAUAUUUCACGUACCAUUUCCAGGGUCCAUGUGGAACCACGUUGCCUCCAGCUCUCGCACCACAUGAGUCAGAGGAGUUGUAAAAAUAAUAGCUUGAUUUUCUUGAUCAAAGUUGGCGGUGUCUUCUACUUUAUCAUAAAAUCCAAACCUGCUGGAGUUCAUCCAACUUUAUCAAACAGAAAAAUGCCCCAAACUCUUUCUUUUUAUAGUGUUAUUGAUUUCAUAAUAAUUGUAGAUCUUGAUUACUAAUUGGAAUUAGAUCAGAGUGGAAGUUUCAAACCAACAUUCCCGUCUUAAAACAAAGCUGAAAAAAAUCUAAGUUCACUCUGAAAGGGAAUGUGCUAUGCAUUAAAUAAUAUUCCAUAUUCAGAUUAGAUCUUUGGAUGAUAUUUAUUUGCCAUUGGACAGUAUUCCUCUGUUCCUUCACUAUCUAAUGAAGAGAUGUACAGACAUACUCUUGUGCCUUUUCAAACUGUUUAUUCAAUUUUGACCAAAUUUUUGCUGUGAACCUCAAGUGCAAAUGAAGCAAUGUUACAGAGUUUUAGUCAAGUGUUUAGUUUACUUAAAAGAGUAGAGGGUAAAGCAGAAUAAUAGACUUCUGACUGUUCAUUUGUUUUUAUGUGAUGUCUGAAGUCAUCUGGUUACAUGCAUAAUGUAUUCAAAGGACAAUAGGUGAAUUUUUAUAUUUUACAAUUUUCUAAAUCAUGUAUAUGUCAUAAAACAGUGAGGAUUCUUUUUUUUAAAACCAAAAGCAAUAAUAAAAAGAACAUUACAUUUUAAAAAAGGCUUUAUUGUCUACAAACUAAACGCACAGCUCUUUUUCUUGAUGUUACAACCUCUCAUGUAUUUACACAAAGCAUUAUUAUUAAAAUUCUUCAAUGUUUUAUCCUGA